UGGCUCGUGGUGGGAUGCUGAGAUGAUUGUUGAUGCCUGGAUGGAGCUGGUGACACCCGCCCGCAUGAAUCACGGGGCAUCGCUCGGCUCCUCUCCCGCGUCUGCAAGCAAAUCAAAUAAGUGACGGCAACAGAAAUGUAGGUCCUGGUUUUAUUUACUGCCCGUGCAGAUCACAUGCAUUACCAAGACGUAAAAAAACACGUACCCCCUGCGGCACGAACGCGUAACGCACGGCGAGCCAAUCUCGCAUCCAAUCUGGAGUGUGGGCUCCAGUAGCCUGUGUGGUCUCAGGAGGGCUGAUGCCUCAUCCUCACUCAGCCUCUCGCCUCGCUCCAUCCAUGGCGCAUCUCCAGCCCUGAGAGCACGGAUCCCUCCGCCUCGCCGACGCACACACACGCUCGCAAACUUUUACACAUGCAGGCUGGAGGAGCGGAGCCGCCGGAGCAACCCUGCAGCUGAUGGACAGCGUUGAUGCGUGAAGGAUGUAGAGCCAGAGGGGGGCGCAGGAUGGAGUGUUCCUGGAAGACGGUGCUGCUGCUGGUGUGCGCCUCUCUGGGGGUCCAGUACACGGCCAUCCGCACGCUGAGGGACUCGCUGUCUGGACCCUGCCAGGGAGCUUACCGCUGUCAGACCAGACAUCUCAGAGACUCCAGAUGGAGAGCGCUGUGUGACGACAGUUGGAUUCCCGUGGCGUUGCCUCGGAAACACAUCCUUCUGUUUGCCACCACGCGCAGCGGCUCCUCCUUCACUGGCCAGCUCCUCAACCAGCACCCGGGGGUUUUCUACGUGUUCGAGCCUCUCUACCACGUCCAGCAGGCCUUCACUAAUUCCAGCAGCAGGCUGCGUCGCACCCUGGACCGCCGGUCCCUGCUGGGAGCGUACAGGGACCUCCUCCUCAAUCUCUACACCUGCGACCUUCACUUCAUGGAGAAUUACAUCCGCCCAGAGCCCCAGGACCACGUCACAAGCCUCUUCUUCCGCCGAAGCUCCAGCCACGCCCUCUGUUCUCCUCCCGUGUGCCUGGAAGCAGGAGAUGCGGGGGCCCCUGAGGCGCCUGAUGAAACCUGGUGUCCCAAGAAGUGUGGGGCCUUAAACCUCACUUUAGCUUCAAUGUCGUGUCUGUCAAGAGGACACGUAGCCAUAAAGACUGUGCGGGUCCCUGAGGUGGGGGAUCUGCGGACCCUGACUGAAGAUCCACGCCUGGACCUGAAGAUAAUCCACCUGGUGCGGGACCCCAGAGCCAUCCUCGCCUCCCGCAUGAUGGCGUUUUCAGAUCAGUUCCGCGCUUGGAAAAUAUGGAACGCGACCGGACGGCAACCUCGAUACGUGGACCUGUCGCAGAUCACCAGCACCUGCAAGGACAUGGUUGCCUCUGCAGAAACAGGCCUGCAGAGACCGGCGUGGCUGCGGGGACGCUACUUACUGGUGCGGUACGAGGACCUGGCGUUCAGACCAAAGGACAAGGCCACAGAGAUCUACAGGUUCGCGGGGCUGGAGAUGGAGGACAGGGUGAACAUGUGGAUUGCAAGGAACACCAACAGCAACGUGUCCUCCCCGUCCGACUGGAGCUACAGGUACUCCACCGCCAGAGACUCCAGAGCCACAGCGGAGAGCUGGAGGCUGCGGCUCGGCUUCGACAUCGUGAGGACCGUGCAGAAUCUGUGCAACGACACCCUGGCCCUGCUGGGAUACAGGCGGGUUCACUCCUUAGCAGAGCUCAGAAACUUGUCCCACAGUUUAGUGGAGCACAGGACUUUUCACCCAGUCACAUGAUGGAUGUGGUUAAAGGUUUACAAAAAUGUUAUACGCUCAUUUAUUUAUUUAUCAUUCCGUUUAUGUGUUUAUUCCUUUAUUCUAUUUAUUUAUUUAUGUAUUUAUUUGAUUUAUUCAUUUGACUUAUUCAUUCAUUUUCCUUCUGCACUUUGCCGAUAGAAUGAACGUUUAUUCGCUUAUUAUGGUUUUGCUGAAGAUAUUAAAAGUGCCAAAUUUCAAUUGUGUGUGGUGCUGAUUCAGAAUAAAGUCAACAGUAUACUGCUGUAUGUUUUGAUUGAAAACAUUAUUAGGAUCUCGUUUAUAUAGUGUGGUUUUUCACACACACACACACACACACACACACACACACACACACACACACACACACACACACAACACACACACACACACACACAAGAGUCUCUGUACUAUUUCAGAGCAAAUCUGACCUUUAUCCAGACAAAGCGUAAUGUUCCUGAAGGUGAGACACACAGGAAGCAAAGGGGGGAUUUAUUUGUUAAUAAAAGAAGAAGAAAGUAUAGGCCUUGGCUUCCGAGUGUCUCUAAUGCAUUCUGGUAGAGGAUUAAAAUGUCACAUGUCGUAGGUAGAAUAUGUUUCCUGGUGCAAUCUCCCUCAGAGCAGCUGUGUUUUCUAUGU